GCUGAGUUAAGCCCUCCCCUGUCACCCUUAGUAUUUAAUAAGAGCUGAUCUCAGCUCAGUCUCUCUUUCCUGAGCACCCCCCCCUUACCCCAUCACUCUCCACAAUCCACCCCCAGCUGUCACUGCUUUCCACUGCUUGGGGACAGGGGUUAGCCUCCACUAUUCUACUCCAUCACCAGCCCAACUCACAUAUUGCUUCUCAUCAUUUAGAGCUUCUGCUCUCUAAUUCCAGCAUGUACCAGCACAUCUCUCCUGUGUCCUUCUCAACCUGAUACCCCACACCAGCCAGCACUAUCUCACUUUAGCACUAACUCUGCAUUGUCCCUGUGGGGGCCACCCUGAUACUGUUAUAGUGCAUUGUACCUGGCCAGGCAGGUGUUUAAGAACCACCAUAAGGGCAACUUACUGUGAACACCCUGAGCCACAAGCCACCCCUAAGCCUGCACCUUCUCAACUCCACUCAUCCUGUGGCUGUUCCUGAAGAUCUCCAGUCCAUACCUGACUCAGUGCUCCCCCGACCCCCCACCAUGGGCACCCCAGGAGACAUUGGCUCCUUCACCGUUUGGGACUACCUGGUUUUCGCUCUAAUGCUAGUCAUCUCUGCUGCCAUUGGGGUCUAUUAUGCUUUUGCGGGGGGCGGACAGAAGACCUCCAAGGACUUUCUGAUGGGCGGAAGAAGCAUGACUGGUUUACCGGUGGCGUUGUCUCUGACUGCCAGCUUCAUGUCUGCUGUUACAGUGCUGGGUACACCGGCGGAGGUGUACAGAUUUGGAGCCAUGUUCAGCAUUUUUGCCAUCUCUUACGGUAUCACUGUGCUCCUCAGUUCAGAGAUUUAUGUACCAGUCUUCUACAGGUUGGGGAUCACCAGUACUUAUGAGGUACAGUAACUUGAGCAGUUGUCUUCACAGCCAUAGUCAGGGCUUUAUUCUUCUGAUAUAUGGGGCAUUUACCUUCAUUCCAUCCUGCAGGUGAAAAUUAUCAGGAUAUUCUGGAAUUGAAAAAAGCUUGUAGAAUGCUCAGGAGAUUGUGGGAUGAGGACAAUCUGUAGAAUGUUCAGGUUAUUAUGGAAUCAGAGUAGCUUGUAGAAUGUUCAGGGGAUUCUGGAAUCAGAAUAGCUUGUAGAAUGUUCAGGUGAUUCUGGAAUCAGAACAGCUUGUAGACUGUACAGAGGAUUCUGGAAUUAGAACAGCUUGUAGAAUGUACAGGGGAUACUAGAAUCAGAACAGCUUGUAGAAUGUUCAGGUGAUUCUGGAAUCAGAACAGCUUGUAGAAUGUUCAGGGGAUUCUAGAAUCAGAACAGCUUGUAGAAUGUACAGGGGAUUCUGGAAUUAGAACAGCUUGUAGAAUGUUCAGGGGAUUCUAGAAUCAGAACAGCUUGUAGAAUGUACAGAGGAUUCUGGAAUUAGAACAGCUUGUAGAAUGUUCAGGGGAUUCUAGAAUCAGAACAGCUUGAAGAAUGUUCAGGGGAUUCUGGAAUUAGAACAGCUUGUAGAAUGUACAGAGGAUUCUGGAAUUAGAACAGCUUGUAGAAUGUACAGAGGAUUCUGGAAUUAGAACAGCUUGUAGAAUGUACAGAGGAUUCUGGAAUCAGAACAGCUUGUAGAAUGUACAGGGGAUUCUGGAAUUAGAACAGCUUGUAGAAUGUUGCAUUUUGCAUUUUGGAUUAGAUCUUUGUUAAUGUCUUGCACAGCCUGGUUAUUUAUUAAUACAGAAGCAUUGCUUUUUGGCCAGGGAUAAGUUUAAUCAUAGUCCAAUUAAACGUAUCCACGACUAAGGUGUAGUGAUUAAUUUCUCACCUUGACAAUUAACACUUGUUACACUAUAUUAUUUUAUCUCUAAGCAGCUACUUAAGUAUAACAUUGAUUUAUUGUCUGCUUCAGUUUUAAAUUACAUUGGGUUAUUAUCUUAAAAAUAUAAAUGACGUCAGCCUAAAAUAAACCCACAUCAGCUUGAAUCCAAUAUAUGGUUUGUAGAGCUCUAAGACACAUUUCUGAAAUAAAUGUGGACUAGGAAUAUGUUUUAUUCAUAUUAAUAUUGCAGAUCUCAUGAGCUCAAUACACAUUGUUAUAGGUUAACAUCUAUAGGGUUGCAGUUGCAAUUAAAGGGACACUAUAGUCACCAAAACUUUAGUUUAAUAAAGCUGUUUUUGUGUAUAGAUCAUGCAUCUGAAAUCUCACUGCUCAAUUCACUGCCAUUUAGGAGUUAAAUCACUUUUGAUUCUGUUUAUGCAGCCCAAGAUGUUAACUCAGAUGUUAACUUGCUUUAAACGUGUUUAUCUCUUGCUCCAUAAAUUUUGCUUUAAUUACACACAGGAGGUUGUUGCAGGGUCUAGCAAGCUAUCAACAAAACAGUAGAUAAAUAAUUCUAAAUUAAACUGAAUUUGCAAUAAAGGAAGUGUAAGCAUUAGAUCUAACUUUACAGGAAGUGUUUAGGAAGGCUGUGUAAUAACAUGCAUGGAGGUGUGACUAGGGCAGCAUAAACAAUGUUCAUUAACUCCUAAAUGGCAGAGAAUUGGUCAGUGAAACUGCAGGGAUAUGACCUAUACACCAAAACUGCUUCAUUAAGUUAAAAUAGUUUGGUGACUGAAGAGUCCCUUUAAAGCACAAAUAAGUUUGGUUUACCUCACUAAGAUUUGAAUGUUAGUGAAUUUGAAAAAUCUCAGUUAAGUUGGGGACAAUCAUUAACUCGGUUACAUUUCUUUAUACAUGCAUUGCUUUAAUUUUUGCUAAUUCAGUUUUCAGUUAACUUUUUCGUGACUUUUCCCCAACUGUGCUGACGAUGUCUGCAUGUCAUUGUAUAAAGUCUGAAUGCUUUUGAAGAAAUUAUAAUGUAUCAACUAGAAACUCUUGGAAAAACAUAAGGAUUUGUUCACUAAACAUGGAAUCACAAGGGAUUUACAAAUAUGUGCAUCUGUUGUAAUUUUUAAGUUUUUUUGCAAAUAUUAAUCCAAAAACAUCCCUGUUAAAGAAUUAUUAUUUUGACCUAACAUUUGCAAUUCCCUUGAUCAAUAUCCACGAUUUCUGAUUUAGUGAAUAAUGUCUGUAGGUUAUUUUCUUCCUACUAGUAGACCAUUAUAUUAUUACAUCUUUACUGAAUGUAGGGUGGAAACGUAAGGUUAUUAAGAUAAAUAACCAGAUCUUUCUUUCACUUUUAGUACCUGGAGCUGCGGUUCAAUAAAUUUGUACGUCUAUUUGGAACAAUCCUUUUCAUCAUACAGAUGGUAUGUGGAAGUAUGGAAGUAUUCAUCAAUUCAUAAUCUGUCUAUUCCCAUUCAAUAUUAUUCUAGACUUUAUAUAUUGUUGUAAUUAAUCCCAUUACUACCAACUGAUUUAAAAAAUAAAAUUUAAAAAAAUAGCAUAACAUCAAUUUGCAACAUAGGAUGUGUAUGUAGCAAAUAAACAUAGGAUGAAAAUAAGUGAGCUGAUUGCUGUAUUCUAUUGAAUCAGAAGCGUGAUUAACAUAAAGGGAUUGCCAUAGACAUUACAAGUAAAGGGAAUAAACCCAUAAACCUUGCAAUUUUUACUGCAGAUACUCCCCAAGCACAGAGACAGCUCCUGAGCAUCAGAUUAAAAAAAAUUAUAGCUGCGCUUUGCAGCAUGACAACAAUGAAUGACAGAAAAAAAAAAAUUUAAUUUGCCAUAAUUAAAAAGAAAAACAUAAUAAAUCAGAAAUAGUUACAAUGUGUGUUCCCUAAAUACAGUAACAGGUUCGGAGAGUAAGAUUAAGUCAGAAUCUUACUGUAUUCUACGGAAUGACACUGGUGAAACACAGAAGGGAAUGCCUGUAGACAUUAUUGGAAAUAAAAUAAAACUGUUGUGAAUUAAAAACCACAAAUCGAGCCUGACCGAUUAACAGAGCAGACGUGUGGAACUCGAGCUCCUGCUAAACGGGCUAAAAUCAGGGCACAAUCGACGGCUAAACAGCCCAAGGACCUACCAGGGUGCAUCACCCACCUCGGGGGUGCUCUCCUGAACCUAGCAAUACCUCAUAGACGCCCGUCGAAGCCAGAAAAGCGGACCACUAAACACGGCCUGCGGGAGCUGGAGGCGUGAAGGGGAAGCCGCUCUCUCCGACACUGGACCCGCUAGGUGACAUAGCUGGUCUCCAAUCCCCCCCCUCUGGGCCGGUGGGGGUUAUCCCGGUCCCCACAGGACACGCAAACUGAAACUGCAGAUGAGUUCCCCAGCCGCACUGCCUGCAGGGCCACUGACAAUCCGAGGCACACCAAAGAUGGCCGCCCAGCAGGGGCCAGGGACAACGGGCACAAACCCUCAUCCAUUCACUCACCCCAUGGAUACCUUUGAUUCACUCUGCUUGACCUUCUGGUCCAUACUUCGCCACCGCGGCAUGCCGCACCGCCAAGCAGCCAGAAUGGUCGCCUCAUGGGUCCGCCCGACAACUCGCCGGCGCCAUUACAGGUAUCCACUCCAGGCCUUCACGGUGACCACGCGGCCGGGCCGGGGCCAAAACCCACCACGCGGGAAAGCGACAUCAUACCACCCAAGCGCAUAUACUCGCCCCUGCACAAGCUGCAACCGGGCCAACGAAUAUCCCCCACAACCAAACCGCUUGCUUAAACGCAGAGAUCCGGACCAGAAGGGAACAAAUCUACGCCCCGAGGGUAUGGCGGAUCACCGCAAUGCGGACCAGAAGGAAGCUUGCCGCACAAGUACGGAAGCUGGAUUCAAGCCAAGAGGCCCCACCGACAAGAUCUAUGCCAACGGGACUCGAGUCAUUACAGUAAGAGGCAUAGGCUAAGGCGCCCACCGCAUUGCUUCACAGCCGACAGGCCCUGCUCUGAACUGUAGGAACAGGACUCUGGCUGCUGAUAUGCAAGCCUGGUAAACCAGGGCACCUUGCUCAUGAAUACUAUAAGGAGAUGCUGUUGUGUAUAUCACUUAAUCUGGACUAACAGUUGACACCUCUACAGCUUACAAAUAAGUUGCCAUACUUUUUUUUUUUUUUUACACCUCACACACUAGGCUUUAGUGCAGGACACCAGUUCACUCAACAUAGGCUGACUCAAGAGAAACAAAGACCAAUAGACAGAUACUUGUUAGGCUCAGCAGCGGUUCAGGUAUGCUCUAUUAUUUUCUCAGUUACUCGACACAAUAGUCUCUUUAUUCCUACUUGUUUAAACUCGUUGUUACUGCGUGUUCCCUGUGGUUUCACACCCAGUUACUAGAAAUAGCAUGACCAUUUUAAUGCCAAGUUAGUACAGCAAAGACAAGCGACCCAAAACCAGGUCUAGACGUGACCAAAUAGCGAAUAAACAGCAGAGGCUGCAGAGAUCGACCACUAUUUUAAACUGAGACACAUAGGCGGUGUAUAUGACCAGGUCUCUCUAAAUAACCAAAAAUACACUGUUUUUCAUGCCGCACAACUACUAUAAAAUGAUUAAUGCUACACCAUGUCUUUCUACAUAACUAAAAAUUGUACAUUGUUUUUCAUGCCACACAACUACCAUACAAUGUUUAAUGCCGUAAAGGAACCUGCUGAUGUGGCAGUGCAUUCCUACAUGUCUAAGCUGUGUACGAAUAAAAUAAAGAAUUAUAAAAAAAAAAAAAACCACAAAUCAAUACUGUGAGCAUUCUCCAAGUACAGUAAUAGUUGAUUUUUGGGGGGGCUUUGGUGGGUUUUUUUAAUGCAUGUCCAUGCAAAAAGAAAAACAUUGGCAAAUAUACACAGUGAGUGAGACACAGCAUGUUACAGGUAUAAUAAAUGCUUUGAGUGUUACACCAAUUUUUUACAUUUUCCUUUAAAGAGUGAGAAGCCGAUUAAGGCCAGGAGCCUGGAUAUCACUGGGAUAGAUUUUUUUUUUAAAUUAUAGACAGAGUACUAUAUUAAUGAAAAAUAAAGAGCAAUAAUAUCACAAAGAAAAAAAUAUAACAGAUUUAAUCGGGUAAUUAAUAAGCUCUCUGCGUUUGAUACCCCUAACCAAGAGGGCUACAUAGUGGUGGGCAGGCGUGAGACUUUAAAUGCGUCUCAGACAGUGAAAUAUGUAAUUGGUUAUGAGAACUUUAUGCAAUGAGAAGAGAUACAUGUGUUGAAUAUAUGAAAAAUGGUAGAAACAGAAAACUGCAAUGAAACUGAACAUGUGGACAAAAAAUGCCUGUAUCCAUAGAAUCCACAAUCCUACUCAGGUUCCGAAUUAUCAUCGUAUUUCCUCUAGGGACAAAGGGGGAUAUGUUGGUCGGGUCCCAGACAUGGGUGUCGGGUUGUCUUUCUGAAUCCUUAGCAGGUACAGGCAGUCCCAAAGCCCUAAGGAAGGCAGUUGCCUCUGCGUUUGAAGAUAUGCAGUUCUGUUAUGAGUAACUGAUAAGAAUAUUGGUGGCAUCCAUCCAGCUGACUGCAGUUGGCGUGUUACAAAGUUAAGAGACCUUUGUCACUGUAGAGUGCACCUUGUUAGAUCUUGAUAAAAAGUAAAGUUGAAUUCCUCAAAAGAGUGAGGUGUCUUGCCCUGCAAUGUUGACAUGAUGUGUCUCUUGUGAUGUCAAGAUGAACAGCAGAUGAUAACAUCUCUUACUGUGGAUGGUGGUGCUCUGGGUGACUUAGGCAAAUGGUAUAUCCUGUCAAUGGUAAACAUCUUAGCCAAGCUAAGGAGGUAAUAUGGAUGCCAUAAGGUGUCUUAUGUAUUGUGGGAGCUCAUUUACACUGAUGUUGUCCGCAAUGCCUCUGAUUUCAUGGUUAUUCUGGCUAGACCUAUCGUCUGAAGCCGUUAAUUAUUCAACACUCAGGUUUAUUGUCAACAUUUACAGACUUUCAGCUGCAAUGAAAACUCAAACAAAAGCAAAUAAAAUAGCUCAACACAAGGAAUGAUUCAGCCCCUUCAUGACAAGCAUCUUUAGUACUUAGUAGAGCACCCUUUUGCUGUUAUAAACUGCUGCAAGCGAGAUGCAUAGCCAGACACCAUGGGCUUGAAGCGUUCUUGAGUAAUCUUAGCCCAUUGCCCAUGAGCACUGGUCGCCAUUUCAGUAAUAUUCUUAGAUUUGUGUGCUGCAACCGCCUUGUUCAAAUCCCACCAGAGAUUUUCUAUGGGAAUCAAGGCAGGUGACUGUGAUGGCCACUGCAGAAUUUUGAAGAAUUAAAGGUAUGCUUGGGAUCAUUGUCUUGUUGGAAGGUCCAAUGAUGCCCAAACUCUAGCUUCCUCACAGACAGCAUGACGUUUAUUCCUAGGAUUGCCUGAUGUUUUAAUGAUUCCAUCUUGCCUUCCACACACUACAGGUUUCCAGUGUCAGAGGUAGCAAAGUAGCCCCAGAGCAUCACCGAGCCACCACCACGCUUAACUGUAGGCAGAGUGUUCUUUUCAGCGUAUGCUUCAUUCUUCUUCCUCUAGACAUACCACUGAUCUAUUGGGCAGAAAAGUUCCAGGUUUUUUUUUCAUCGUUUCACAGAACAGAAUCCCAAAACUUCUGUGGCCUAUUUAUAUAAUUUUGAGCAUAGUGUUGCUGACUUUUCUUGUGCUUUUGGGUCAGUAUUGGUGUAUAUUUUGGAGUUCUGGCAUGGAAGCCUUCUGCGUUUAGUAUGCAUCUUACUGUUUUCACAACCUGCCUUCUCAGAAAUCUAUUUGCAGUCAAGAUUGCUUCCUUUUUCAGCCACGCCGGGGUAGUGUAACCACUGUUCCUUCAACUUUGAACUUGCAAACUAUGCUUCCAACUGUGUCCUUAGGAACACUCAGUGCCUUUGCUAUCUUUUUAAAUCAUGGUCCUUGUUUGUGAAGGGUAAUGUUCUCUUCUCUUAACUUUGUAAACCAUAGCUAUAUUUCUAAUAUGCAUAAAACAUCAUUCAACAAACCCCUAGCCAGUUUAGGUAAUUUAGGUGUUUAAGCCCAACAAAUCUGGUGCAACUAAUGAAGCCCUUAAUUAGUUACAUCAGGUGUGCUUGAGAGAGCACCUGUUUUGCAUAUUUGUUCUGUAUUGAGGGAUUCUUUUCAGGGGGUUGAAUAAUUUUGAGACUGGAGAAGUCAUUAUAAAUUACAUUUUCAGUCGAAUUUGGGGAAACCACUUAAAGUAUUUGUUUAGCUAAUUCUAUUGCUUUUGUUUGAUUUGUUCAUUGCAAACAGUUGAAAGUCUGUACAUUUUACCAAUAAACCUGAUUUUCAAUGUGGGUUGAAUAAUUUUGAUUACAACUGUAUGUUGAGUAGCCUGAAUAUUCUGAAUAGAGUCUCUCACAGAAGCCAUACUGUGCUAGGUUAAUAAUGUCCUCCUCCGAGGUGCGCACCCUGUCUGUAAUCGGUGGCACAUCAGCUUUAAUCACCGCCAGCAGAUUCUGUAUGUCUAGUAAGAGAUUCUGGAUGUUUUGUUUGGUGGCUGGGGCUGCCCCACUCAAGAUUACUGAAGGUGCUUGCACAUACCCUUGGGUCAUCAUGAACGCAUCCCUGUGAUGUACCCAAGGCAUAAGGGCAUAGGCGUGCUCAGCCUGUUGCAUUAGGGUGUGCACCCUAAAGCACAAGCACACGCUGCGUAUAUAUAUGUAUGUAUAUACAUGUGUGUGUAUAUAUAUAUAUAUAUAUAUAUAUACACAUAUAUACACACACACAUACACUGCUGUGUGUGUGCUGUGUGAGGGUGCUGUUAAUGUGAUGUGUGUGUGAGGGUGCUGGUAGUGUGCUAUGUGGGUGAGGGUGUUUGUGUGUGCGCUUGUGAGGGUGCUGUUAAUGUACUGUGUGUGAGGGUGCUGUUUGUGUGUGUGUGUGUGUGUGUGCUUGUGAGGGUGCUGUUUGUGUGUGAGGGUACUGGUAGUGUGCUGUGUGUGUGUGUGUGUGUGUGUGUUUGUUAGGGUCCUGUUAGUGUGCUGUGUGUGUGAGGGUGCUAUUUGUGUGCUGUGUGUGUGUGAGGGUGCUGUUUGUGUUUGUGAGGGUACUGUUAGUGUGCUGUGUGUGUGUGAGGGUGCUGUUUGUGUGCUGUGUGUGAGGUUGCUGUGUGUGCUGUGUGUGAGGGUGCUGUAUUUGUGUUGUGAGGGUGCUAUGUGUGUGGGUGCUGUAUGUGUGUGGGUGCUUUGUGUAUGAGUGCUGUUUGUUUGCUGUGUGUGUGUGGGUGUUGUGUGUGCUGUUUGUGUGCUGUAUGUGUGUGGGUGCUGCAUGUGUGAGGAUGCUGUGUGUGUGUGGGUGCUGUUUGUUUGCUGUAUGUGUGUGGGUGCUGUAUGUGUGUGCAUGCUGGUGCUGUGUGUGUGUGUGUGUGUGUGCGUGUGUGUGUGUAUGUGGGUGCUGUGUGUGUGUGCUGUAUGUGUGUGCUGUCUGUGUGUAGGUGCUGUGUGUGUGUGCUGUGUCUGUGCUGUGUGUGUGUUUGUGUGUGUGCUGUAUGUGUUGGAUGUGUGUGCUGUGUUGUGUGUGUGUGUGUGCUGUGUGUGUGUGUGCUGUGUGUGUGUGCUGUAUGUGUGUGUGCUGUGUGUGUGUGUGUGUGCUGUGUGUGUGUGUGUGUGUGUGUGUGUGUGUGUGUAUGCUGUAUGUGUGUGUGCUGUUUGUGUGCUGUAUGUUUGGGUGAUUUGUGGGGGUGGAGGUGGGGGCAGAUUAGUUCAUAAAUAUCCCCCCUCCAUUCUUACCUUAUGUAGGGAGGGGGGGUCCUUCCUUGCUGUCUUCCCUGGUGGUCCAGUGGAAGUGGGGGCAGAUCAGUUAAUAUCCCCCCCCCCUCCCUUGUUACCUCAUGUAAGGAGGGGGGAUCCUUGUUCCUGCUUCCUUCCUUGGUGGUCCAGUGGAGAGUGAACUCUAGCCUGCGGGGUUAGAGUUCACUCUCGCAAGAUCUGAGCGUUGCCGCGGCAAGAGCUCCCUGAGUCCUCUCCUGCCUCCCUCCAUGCUGCUGUGGGCUGGUUGAGGGGAGGCCUAGAGCAGAGCCGGCGAUCGGAUAGAAAUAUUGUUUUUUGCCAUAUACACUAGUUAUACUUUUUAUUAGUUAUAAAAAAUACCCUAUCAAACAAAUCACACACCCUACUUAUGAGUAUUUGUAAGGAACAUGAUGGUCUUUAUUGUAAUAAAGUUAAUUAAAACUGCUGUGGAGACCCCCAUUAUAUAUGUCAAUCCAGUUUUUAACUGCAGUUGGUCCAUGAAGAUUCUAAGAUGGAGCAUAUUAAAUAAGCUACCUAUGAAGUAACAGUUUACUGCUAAGAGAACCUACCAAAAUGUUGUCUGGAAAUGUUGCUAUUCAAGCAGCCUCAACACACACUCACCCUCUCCCAGCCUUGUCCCACUUAUCCUCCAACUACCCACCUAGUCACAUUCACGACCCAAUUUAACCCCUAGGCGCAUGCAUACAUCCAAUCAAAUACUCCAAAAUUACAUAACCCAAAUGAGAUGCAUUCACCAAUAUACUUGAAAAUACUAAAUUUCUGCAUAUAUCCAUUUAUGAUGGGAUGUGCAUUGAGAAAACUGCCCUCGGGUAGCAGGAAGGGUAAAUCUGGCAUUGUUCUUAUUUUGUACUGCCAUUAUCUAUACAGCAGUAUACAGUGUAACAGAGUGGUGUUCAAACUCAUCUUGCAUGUGUAUUGUUGCACCUGAGUCAAGCUAUUUACCUCAGAGUUGUACUGCCAUCUAGUGGUAUUUGUGCUACUUACUCCAAAUAUUUAUAGUUUUAAUUACUGAACUGUUUCAUGUAUUCUAUUCACAGAACAUAAAAAAAGUAUGUUUUCUUUAAAUAAACAAAAUAUUAUCUUGCAUAUAUUGUCUUUACUUUCAUAGUUGGAACUGGCUGGAAGCUCAUCAAAAUGACGAAGAAGCUAUGAUACACGAAUCUGAUUAUUCCAUCUAAUGUUUGUUUUCCUUCUCUAGAUUUUAUAUACUGGAAUAGUUAUUUAUGCUCCCGCUCUGGCAUUGAAUCAAGGUAAUCUAUCUGUCUGUCUGUCUAUAUUUAUCUUAUCUAUCUAACUGUCUCACUCCUAGCUGUCUCAGAUCUAGGCAUGGCAGUCCAGACUUCUUUUAGCUAUUUCUAAUUCUUAUAUCAUGCCAGUUCUACUCUCCAAAUCUGUGCCCUUUUUUUAUGCUAACACCCUAUCAUUCGACUUGAUUGUCAGUUGCUCUUCACUAUUCAUCCCAUGUCAUCUCUCCCACUUUCUUUGCAAUUUCCAUUAUCCUCUCAGUAGAUUUAUUGCUACCUUUAUAUUGCCUCCCAUUGUCUUUCUUUUGACCUCCCUUUUGCCAGCUGCAUUAAUUUCUCUUCUCUCCUAGGUGAUGUCCACACCUUCAACUUUAUGUCUGCUUCCAACUCUUUUUCUGCCCUCCAUUUCUUUGUCUAGUACUCUUAGUUCUCUUCCUCUCCCCUAUUACAUGUGCUUCAAUUUUCCUGUUUCCGUCUCAGCAAAUUGUUGUCUUCGCUCUCCUGUCCUCCAUCCUUGGUAUGUUCGAAGAAUUUCUAUACUUGUCUGUGAACAGAUUCUACAUUAUCGUAAGCAAAGUUAUGGUCUUGCAGCCACCAGGAGACACUCGAUAGAUGUCACAUCAGGGUGAGGCCAUUUCAUGUGACCUGACAUGACCAACCUCUGAUGUCCUUAGCAUCAAGUGCCUCUGGUGAAAUCUUAGUUUCAGCAAUAAGAGAGCAAAUAAUCUGCUAUCUACUUCAUAAAGGAUGCACUGGUUCCCCCUCUGACUCAAUGCCAAAGACGGGUACCUAGAGGACAUAAAAUAUUUAUAUUGUUUUGUUCUUUUUUUAAAAACUCAAAAGACAAUCUUAGGGAUUAAACAUCAUAUAGAAGAGAGCCUACUGUGAAUUUAAUUGUUUGGAUUAAAUAUAUUUAAUCUCUGUAUUUAUUAUAGUCACCGGCUUUGAUUUAUGGGGUGCAGUUGUAGCAACAGGAGUGGUGUGCACUUUCUACUGCACAAUGGUAAGAACUUCUUUUUAAAGAUUAUCAUAAUGUUGUGCUCACUUAUCUAUGUAUGAAUCAAUUAAUCUGUCUGUGUUUUUAUUUGCUUAUGUAAUAAGAUUGUUAAUAUAUUUACACAUUUGUUUUAAAGAGGGACUAACGUCAAGUAUUUUUUAAUUCAGUACUAGAUCUAAAGAUCUAAAUGACAUGAUCAAGAGGGCUGUGUGGGUACUUCCAAUCUUCUUGUCGACAUGAGUUGUAUGGACAUACAUUACACAAGCAUGUACUAAAAAUAUUCUACAAAUAUUAAAUGUUCUCAGUCAUAUGACACUACUGGAAUAUUGUUGAUUCAUUAUCCGACCAUUGGUUUCUUUUAGAUAAUUGCUUUUUUACUCUUUUUUACUCUAUAAUUUCUUACCUAAAAUGGUUUGAUAUUAUUAAUAUGUUUAUGGAUGUGCAAUAUUAAGUUAUUUUCAAAACCAUGAAAGUGACUGUUUUUAUGUUAGCUAAUAUGACACUUUAAAUUAGCGGUGGCUUCCUGCUACGUUUCAUAGAAUUGGAGUAUGAAACACUUUGAUGGAAAACAGAAGAAUUUAUUUCUGAUUGGAGGAGAGCAGGUUUGUAGAUUGUUAGAAAUAGGACAUCAGAAUACUUAAGUGAAGAGUGAGUGCAUAUGAGGAAGGAAAGUGUGAGGACCUCUAUUGGUUCUGCCAGAUCAUCUACUCUAGAGGCUCUACUGCCACAACAGCUGACUCAAUUACUACUAAUUUCUAAAGGUUCAUUUUCACUAGUUUAUCAAAUUAUGAAAAUCUUUGGUGAAUUUCAUGUUUUGACAGUGCACACGUUAUACAGGUCAUUUACUAGCCUGGGAAUUGCAGUCAAUUGACCAAGACAUUGGAUAUUUUAGCCUUAAAUAUUCGAAUAAGAUUUUUUUUUUUUACAAAAAUUGCUUAGUUUGCAUUUUUCAUAAAUUACCAUUUUUUGUAUGUUUCUAAUUUUAGGCAAGCCACGUUCACAUAUCCUGUUAAUUAGAUAUUUAUCUGUUUUAUUUAUUGAUCGCUAGGGUGGCCUGAAAGCAGUGGUAUGGACAGAUGUAUUCCAAGUUGGAAUCAUGGUUGCUGGAUUUUCUUCUGUAAUUAUCCGAGCGGUAGUUGUUCGAGGUGGAAUCGAACCUAUCUUGAAUGAUUCUUACUAUGGAGGCAGACUGAACUUUUGGGAGUAAGUCUUUUUAAAAACAUUUAUUAUUGUCUCAUAGUAUUUCAUGCCUGUGGAAAGCGACCACAGAUUAUCAGCAUUAUUAUUAGAAUCGUUAUUAUUAAUAUCAUUUAUGUAUUAAAGUGGCUUUGUCACUUCUUAAUAUUUCAUAAUGAUAUAAUCUUUAUGAAAUAAUCUUGCAAUUUCAACACAAUAGAAAGGUAAUGUGAGACAAAGUAGGGAGCUCCACUGUCAACUUUUGUCCAAUCCUAGCAGCUGCUUGAAGUUACAGCUGUGGGAUUUAGGCAUCAUCUCGCUUAUCACAAGAUGUGAUCUAUGGAGGCUCCCGCGUUCUUACAGGAUUCUCCACAUACGUCAGUGUUGUACCCUCAUCUAUGCACAAGAGUGCAGCACUGAUGUAGUUCUUGGCAGAAGAAGCUCCAGUAGCUGACGAGGGUACACCGAAGAAGAUGGCAGCAGGACAGACACCUUCAGGUAAGCAUACAUAUCUUGCACUGCACCCCAUAGCCACCAGACUCUAAGUGGAGAUGUCACUGCUUUAAGUGCUAACAUAUGAGAUAUAUUGGAGGUAAUGCAGCAAUUAAGAUAACAAUGUGACAAUUUAAAAAUAAGAAACAACACAAAAUUUGUGAUGGAGAGGAAAAUAAGGUUGGAGUAGCGAAAAGGAAUUAAACAUGAUGGCAAUAAAAUAUAGAGUGAAAUGAAAUGGCUGUCAGGAGAUUGAGAAGGUGGAAUAAUGGUCUUAAGGAGAGAGAAGCUUAGUGGGGACAGAUGGUUACAAAAAAUAUACCGGACAAGGGAGAUGGGGAAACAGCUAUUGUAGGACAAGGGUUUGUAAAAUAAAUUUCCUGGAGAAGAAGUCAGAACAGUUCCAGAAUUGAUAUACUUUUUACCUACCUUGUACCAAUUUAUUCCUCCACUGACUUUGAGCAGUCUUAGAAAUACUUAUUGAAUGUCCAGCCAUAAUUUAGCCGGUGAAAUUUGUUUCUUUUUGAGGCAUAACUUUGUCAUCUAAUCUUCGCAUAAGUUUUAGGCCAAAAUAAUUGAACUGGAAAUAUUUCUAACUCCAGAGAAUAUAUUUUGCAGCUUCACUUUUCUUCACAAAUGGAUGUGGGAGCAAGAAGCAAAAGGCUUUCUAAAAAGAUAGGUUUGAAUUAUUGGAGAUAGCCUUGAGUUUCCAGAUAACGUAUUAUUGUCACUGCAAGAUGUCCUGGCCAAACCUAAACUGCAAUACAUCCUCAUCUGGUUUCACUUACAUGUGCCAUGUCUGCUCACCACGAAUGUGUCGGCGAGAUUCCAUGUAUUUUCUUGUAUUUAAAAGUGUGUUAAUUAUGAACUUGUGUUUUGAAUAGCUACAUUUAGCACUGUGUGUGUCCUUAUUGCAAAAAGACCUGAACGAUGUAAUGAUAAAACUAAUUGAAAAGAGACAAGUUUAGUAAGAUAAGCAAUCCUGAACUACAAUGUUUGUCAGUUUCAAUCAAUAUACACUUCUUUUUUCCUGUGUAGUUUUAAUCCCAAUCCACUGCAGAGACAUUCCUUUUGGACUAUACUCAUUGGAGGAACCUUUACGUGGACCGGAAUCUAUGGUGUCAAUCAGUCCCAAGUCCAGAGAUACAUUUCAUGCAAAUCCUUAUUUCAUGCAAAAAUGUGAGUUUCUCUAUCCAUUCUAAAUCUUUAUUUUCUGAUAUAUAAGAGCAUUCUCUGCAUGAUUGACAGCUCCUUAUUUUAACAUAACACAUAACACUAUACCCCAGCAGAUAUUGAAGUAGUUCUUUUUAUUGAAUCAAGCUUAAGUUGUAUGAAGGGGGUGUAAGCAAUAUAAGGAAUAUCUUUUUUUUUCCAUCUGUCUGUCCGUCUAUUCAUCCAUCCAUCUAUCUAGAGAUAGCUAACUAAAGAAAGAAAUUGAGAAGCCUGUCACUGUUUUCUUGCAAUAUGUGAACAUUUUACUAGGUUAUCAGCCAGGAAAUGCACAUUGAUUACUUGUUUAAUUUACUUUGCUGUUUCUAUCAUCACAGGUCUCUUUAUAUUAAUCUCCUUGGACUCUGGGCAAUUCUGUCCUGUGCAGUAUUGAGUGGGUUGGCUAUGUACUCAAUAUACAAGGAUUGCGACCCAUGGACUGCCAAUUUUGUGUCAGCCCCAGAUCAGGUAAAAACAAGACAUGUUAGAUUCCUAGAUACAUUCUGGCACAUGUUUAUAUAUAGGCACAUGUAUAUAGACCAUUGGGAGUGGAGUUAAGAGACACACAGCUGGUAAGUGGGAAUUAAAAGACACAGAACUGGUAAAGGGGGGUUAACUGAGACAUGUAAGGAGGUAAGGGGUCUAGGAGAGACACAAAAGAGCGACCAGGAGAUACAGACAAUAGGACUGAGGGUUCAAAAAGACACAACAGGAGUGGGUGCCAGAAUAUCUACUGCAUACAAUUCCUGCAAAAGGUUGCUAAAUUUCCUACUCUAACUGACGACAGGUACAAACAAUUUCGUUCUAAUGAUGUGUAGAAUUGUACUUUUGAAAUGCUCAAUUACUUUGAUAACAUGCAUGUAAAAUGUACAUGUAAUUACUUUUAGCUGAUGCCCUAUCUCGCGUUGGACAUUCUAAGGGACUAUCCUGGACUUCCAGGGCUGUUUGUCGCCUGUGCAUACAGUGGAACCUUAAGGUAUGUCACUAACCAUUACAAUGUAUUAAAAGGUUAUUGCAACCAAAAAACUGUGUUUUAAUAAAAUACUGUUUUAGACAGAGUAGCCCUUACUGUUUUGCCCCUUUCCUCCCCUUACCUGCAAUCCAUCCCCAAUUUCUCAUGGCAGCCCCAAUACCCCUUCUUUCAGGCUGGGUAAUAACGCUGCCAGGUGUGAAGUUACACCUCCGAUGGCAACGCGCUAUAUGUCUAUCUGUGCAUCUGUGCAGAGUUUCAUAGUGAAAUGCUACAUUUGCAGACUUCAAUCACCAUGACCACUUCAAAUCAGUGAAGUGGUCAUGGUGCUUUGAGGAUCCCUUUAAUGAUGGAUGUUGUAUUGCUUACGUAUUAAAUCAAAAACUGUUUUGGUGCUUUGAAUAUUGUGGCAAGAUUGUAUUUACUGCAAUAGAAAGAAAAGAUAAUUCUAGUUCCAUUUGUAUUCUAAAACAUGUAGUAGAAUAAAAAAGAUCAGUACGGAGCGACGGAGGAGCCACUGAAAUAUUUUUUCAAAUCCUGCUCACAAUUUAGCAAAUUGUUACCACGAUAUAGGUAUAAUAUUGUACAUAUGAUACAACCCUCUAGAGUUCCGUAGAUUAAAUGUAAGCUUGUAGGUCAGCCAUAACAAUGUACUGCAAUUUUAAAAUGUAUGUGUUUCUUACUUUACAGCACUGUGUCAUCAAGUAUUAAUGCUUUAGCUGCCGUUACUGUAGAAGACCUUAUAAAACCUUACUUCAAAUCGCUCAGUGAAACCAAGCUGUCCUGGAUUUCUAAAGGAACAAGUAAGAUUUUCAAUGUUUGCUUAUCACUUCAUGAGAGCAAUGCUAUCUAUUUGUUCUUAUAUUUUUGUAACAAUUGGGUAUCACUUGUUCAAGCAUUAGCAAACAUUUCACAAUAACAAGCGCUCAGCCAAUGAAUCCAUUGUGAAAAGACAGACAUAAAAAACAGCACACAGCAAUUUGCACAGGUACAAAACUCAGGGGAACAAUUAAUUGCAUUUGAUAACAAGGAAAUCUAACUGAGCUUUUUCCAUGCUGAGGAAAUCACCUUUAAAUGUGCUUAUAUUUAUAGUAUAUUUCCUUAUAGUGUGUAAGGGAUUUGGUGUACUCUUGUGCUUCAGCCAAAUUAUGCUAGGAAAUGUCACUAUACUAAUGGUGAAAUACACAACAAUCAACAAUUUGUGUUCAAGUAUAAAGCAAUUCUUUCAUUUUUUGUUAAUACCUUUCUAAAAGAGACACUCUAAGUACCUAAACAACUUUAGAUUAAAGGGACACUCCAGGCACCCAGACCACUUCUGCUCAUUGGAGUGGUCUGGGUGCCAACUCCCACUACUCUUAACCCUGCAAGUGUAAUUAUUGCAGUUUCUUAUAAACUGCAAUAAUUACCUUGCAGGGUUAACUCCACCUCUAGUGGCUGUCUACUAGACAGCCACUAGAGGGCACUUCCUGGUUCCUAGCACAGGAAACCUGUGUGAGGACCUCCAGUGUCGCUCAUUUCCCCAUAGGAAAGCAUUGAAAUGCAUUUUAAAUGCUUUCCUAUGGGGAGCGCUAAUGCCGCGCAUGCGCAUUAGGUCUCCCCAGCCGGUGGGCGGGAUUAGUCAGAAGGAGGAGCAGCGCGGAGGAGGAAGCAGCGAUGAGGGAGAUCGUCGCUGCCUCAUGUAAGUUAAUGAAGGGGUUUUCAUCCCUUCAGCAACCGGCGAUUGGAGGGUGGGAGGGAGAGGGAACCUGCAGUGCCAGGAAAACGGAUUGUUUUCCUGGCACUGGAGUUUCCCUUUAAUGAAGCAGUUUUGGUGUAUAGAUCAUGUCCCUGCAGUCUCACUGUUCAAUUCUCUGCCAUUUAGGAGAUAAAUCGCUCUUGUUUCUGUUUAUGCAGCUCUAGCCAAACAUUUCAACAUGAUAGUCUCCAUUUUAGGGUCCUUUCUCGCAGUCUCAAUUUUUUCUCCCUUGGUGGAGUGGGGGGGCACAGCACAGAGCCGGAGGAGCUGCAGGCUAAAGUGCACACAACCCUCACACACACAGCACCCCUCCACAAACAAACAGCACAGCACACACACAGCACCACUCACACACACAGCACCACUCACACACACACACACAGAACCCCUUACACAAACACACUGCACCUCACACACACUACACCUCCUCACACACACCCUGGACCCCUCACACACUACACUCCCCUCACACACACUACACUGUGCACCCACACACAAACAGCAACCCUCACACAAACAGAACCCCUCACACACACACUCCACCCCUCACACACAUAUUGCACCCCUCAUACACACACACACACACUGCGCCCCUCACACACACGCUGCACUCCUCUCACACACACACACACACACACACACACACACACUGCAAGUAGCAACAUCAUCAAUACCAGCUAACAUCACACAUCAAUGAGAAGCAGUUCCAGCCAUCACAUUAGGAGUGAGUAAGUUAAAUGUUUGACCAAAUACAGCAGGCUAAUUUUUAGAUGGCCCGCGAAUGAUGUUUUAAAUAAUCAAAUGGCCCUUGUCAGAUAAAAGGUUCACCACCCCUGGUUUAAAGGGACACUAUAGGCAUCCAGACCACUUCAACUAAUUGAAGUGGUCUGGGAGCAAUGUCCCUAUUUCCAGAGAAACUGCAAUGUUUAUAUUGCAGCUCUAAGUCUGCCUUCAGUGGCUGUUUAUCAGACAGUCACUGGAGGCGCUUCCUGCAUCCAAACGGACCUUUGUCACGCUCUGUAUGAAGACAUCCAGCAUCAGAUUUUUCCCUAUAGAAAAGCAUUGAUUUAAUGCUUUCCUAUGGAAAGGUCUAAUGCACGUACUCCGUCAUCAAGCGCCAUCAGAGGAGGAGGAGCCAUGACCCAGCGCUGAGGGACAUCGGGGCUGGGAUAAGGUAAGUAAGUAAGUAAAGGGCUUUUAACCCGUUAUUCACAGGGUAGGCUGGUGCAUGAGGGAAGGGCGUGGCAGAGCUUUGUAUUCCUAGCACUUAUAGUAUCCCUCUAAACUGUAUUACUAAAGGCAGUAGUAUUACAUAUCCUCACUAGUUGGCGCACUUUUGUUUUCAUGAAACAUGUAAUUGUGAUUAAUACAAUACAACGAGUAAUACAACAUGAUCCUUGUAUGAAUCAAAAGGCGUCUUGAAAAAAUAUAUUAUCUCACAACAUUUCUUUCAAAAGGAAAGAGAUGGCAUCUUCACAAUCACAUUCUUAAGAAGCAGAUGCCAAGAUGGAAUAUCAUACUUUAUUGUUAAAAUCUCUGUUUGCAUGUACCAGAUAAUAUGGCUCAAAUUGUUAUGUCAACAUAGUCUGUCUGCUCGGCUUCCCAGAAUUAAAAAAAAAAUGUUUUAUAUCAUCUUUAUUAGAGUCUGAUACAUAUAGAGUACAAAAAUAAAAGCUUGUCAUUAUUAUAAAUAAAUAUGAUUUGACAGCAGUCAAGAAAAUAUCAGAAAUAUUUUCUAAUAAAAUCAAUCAUCAUUCCAUCCACAUUCAUACUACAUUCGUCAAUCAUUCGGACGCGGAGUAUGUCAUUGAUAAAUCAGGGAUAACUCUUAAGGUCAACUAGGCAUGAGAUUGACAGUAUAAGGAUUUUGUUUAUACUUUCUAAAAGGUAUUAGUAUAGGAAGGGCCAUUUGAUUAUUUAAAACAGCCAUUUCCCCCAGAUUUCUUUGUAUAGGUCCAAUUAAUUAUUCAUCAAAAAGUAACCUUUCUCCAUAGAACCUUGGUAGGUUAUUUAAGAUGUUAUUUCAUGCCAAUGUUGAUAUACUAGCUUUUUCCAAUUUCUGACUAUGCAUAUUUUAGCUGCCAGCAUAAUAUGGAUCAUUAAAUUAAAUGUAGAUUUGUCCAUUUGGGGAGGGUCUAAAUUUUUGAUGAGGGAGUACGCGCAUUAGACCUUUCCAUAGGAAAGCAUUAAAUCAAUGCUUUUCUAUAGGGAAAAAUCUGAUGCUGGAUGUCUUCAUACAGAGCGUGACAAAGGUCCGUUUGGAUGCAGGAAGCGCCUCCAGUGACUGUCUGAUAAACAGCCAUUGAAGGCAGACUUAGAGCUGCAAUAUAAACAUUGCAGUUUCUCUGGAUAUAGGGACAUUGCUCCCAGACCACUUCAAUUAGUUGAAGUGGUCUGGAUGCCUAUAGUGUCCCUUUAAACCAGGGGUGGUGAACCUUUUAUCUGACAAGGGCCAUUUGAUUAUUUAAAACAGCCAUUUCCCCCAGAUUUCUUUGUAUAGGUCCAAUUAAUUAUUCAUCAAAAAGUAACCUUUCUCCAUAGAACCUUGGUAGGUUAUUUAAGAUGUUAUUUCAUGCCAAUGUUGAUAUACUAGCUUUUUCCAAUUUCUGACUAUGCAUAUUUUAGCUGCCAGCAUAAUAUGGAUCAUUAAAUUAAAUGUAGAUUUGUCCAUUUGGGGAGGGUCUAAAUUUUUUUUUAUUUUUGAAGUAUUUUUUUGAGAGAUUCUGGGUUUCUUACUGGCCCAAAAAAACUUAAAUAUAGCUACCUGAAAACAACCCAAGAUUUUGUGACUAACUCUAAGUGGGAUCGUCCUAAAUAAGUACAUUAUCUUUAGAAGCAAGUAACCUUUUGUUGAUUCUAUCCUACCUAACCAAGAUAGUUCGCCCCUGCUCCAUUUCUUAAAAUAUGUACUAAAUUCUUCUAGUAGCUUUAGAUAGUUUGUACUGAUCAGAAUAUCAAAUGAUUUUGUGAUCUUCGCCCCGAGUUAGUCUAUGAAUCUGCGAUUCCAAUUAAACUCAUAGCUAUCCCUGCGCUGUUUCUUCUCUAAGCUAUGAAGCCUAAAAGUUAUUAUCUGUGUUUUGAUUAUGUUAAUUUUAAAAUUGGAAAAUUCACCAAAUUCCAUCAACAGUUUCAAUAUUGCGGGAUUAGACUAAAGGGGGUUCGUCAGAGUCAGAAGGGCGUCAUCGGCAAAUAAAAGGAUCUUAUGUUCUGUUUGGCCAGCCUGGAUACCCUGUACUGUUUCUUUUUGUCUCAUUAGAGCCGCUAGAGAUUCCAUAGCCAAAAUAUAGAGCAUGGGAGCCAGUGGGCAGCCCUGCCAUGUUCCAUUUUUUUUAUAUAGAAAAAUUCUGAUUCCAUAGUAGGCUUCCCAGAAUUAUGAAUCCAGCUGUUUAUAUCAAAGCUGACACAUUGGAGGUAAUGACAUAUGUUACUGCUUAUCUGAAAGAGUUAAUUGAUGAUGAACAAAGCUCAAUUUAGUUGAAAGGAUUCAAGAGCACAAUAAUGCAAAUAGUGUAAUGUUGUAAAUUGAAGGGCUGUACACAUGACUGUACAAAAGUCCAGCUGUGUCCAUCACAAGAUGCCAAGCCUCCCACAUCAGUAAACGGACACAGUAAAUUUAAUUAUUACAGCAGAUAAUGUCAAACAAUAUCAAACCAGCAUAAGCGUUAAAUGUAACACAUAGUUAAGAUGAAGCACCUGCACUUGGCUACGUGGAACAGGCUAAGAAUAGGUUUUUGCUCUUGUCAUUGUUCCUGAUUUGAUAAUGUAACGAUAUGUCAUGAUUUACCCUGCACAGGUGUCCUGUAUGGAGCUGUAUGCAUCGCCAUGGCUGGCGUGGCUUCCCUGAUGGGUGGGUUAUUGCAGGUAAGGAUACUAUGCAUCAUGCACAGGAUUUUCAGUUUGGAACAGCUAGCACAUGUUGAAAGUACUGUUUUCUGAUGGAAUGUUGAGAAUAUAUUGUUUAAAAGGAUUCUAUAGUGUGCUAGUGCGCAUGUGAGACAAAAUGCCAUUCUGCUAUUUUGUCUGAAGCACCCCUGGUGGCUGUCAUAGUGACAGUCACAAGAGGCAUUUAAACCAUGCUGUGAAAAUAUUGCCAUGUUUCCAUGUCCAGUGUGAAACAGGUUGGGGGAGAAAUGAACUGGCCACUCAGACAUUCAGACAUUAAGAUGAGAGCGGUCUGAGUGUCUAUAGUGUCCCUUUAACUCCCCCGUGUCUCUUAAACAUAAUUUUUAGUUUCUUAAUCCCCCUUGCCCCCUUUGUAUCUCUUAACUUUAUUAGUAUUUAUUAUUAUUAUUGAGAUUUAUAUAGCUCCCACAGAUUCUGCAGCGCUUUGUGUUUCACUCAAACCCCUCUUAACUUCCUAUUCAUCUGAGGAAUAUAGUAAGUGUCUUUUAACUAAGCCUAGAAAAGAUUCAUGCUGUCUCUUUGUUCUCCUUACAGGCAGCACUCUCUAUUUUUGGUAUGGUUGGAGGACCAUUGUUGGGGCUUUUCACCCUUGGUAUUCUAUUCCCAUUUGCAAAUUCAACAGUAAGUACUUUUCAAGCAGAAUGUAGUUAUGAAAGACUAACAAUCUGAUGCAUUGUUUGCCAGUUACUUUUGCUACAUAUAGUGUGACCAAUGCAAUUCUAACUUCUGCUGUGUAAAUAGAAACAACAAACGCUGGAAAUGUAUCAGGAAAAAGGUAAGGAAAAAAAAUGGUGAAAGAAUAUCAGAUGAUCUAAAAUCAUAAAUAUAGUAAAUAGAAAAUCCAGUUGCACAAUAUUAGACCUUAGCAGCUGAUUUGGAAAAAGACUCCAGUUCAGCUUUAAUUUGGCAAUUUUUGUGUUUAAUGACAGACUCUUUAUGCCAGCAUUAUAUUCAAAGAUUCCGAUAUGGAAUAGAAAUGGUAAAGUGGUUCUGUCAUUCGAUAUUUUUUCCAAUGACCUAUAUGGUGCAGAACAUUUUUAAAAUGUUUAGCAAAUAUUUUAUUAAAAUUGUCUGAACUAAUUAAAGUUGAUUGUGACUUCCUUACGACAUGAAUGGCAUAGGCAUCAUCAGUCAUGGCAAGCAGCUAUAUCUUCUUCUACACCCUGUGGAAUGCUGGGGUUUAAACAAAUCAUCUGUCUGAAUCUCUUGUUUUGAUUGGCUGCUGAAUGUCACGACUGCUAGUGUGGUCCAACACGCAGAACUAUGUAAAAUCUACAUAGAAAAUGAAAAGUAAAUAAAAGGAUAGAACGUAAACUGGUCCUUAGAAUGGCUGGACUAAUACGUUAGAGGCAGAGAAUGGUCAAAGGAUAGCCAAGGUCAAGGAAGCCAGAAAUACACAAAUACCGUUUAAACAAGCCAAGUCAGGGGAACCAGAAAUCAGCGUAGUCGGGAAUAGCCAAGGUCAAAAUACCGGGAAUAACAAUAACAGCAAAGAUAAACGCACUCUCGAGAACCAGGACAGGAAACCACAACAGGGCAAGGUACUGGGGUGAAUCAGGGAUUUAAAUAUCCCUCUCUAGGCUGUGAUUGGUCAGAGGGUGACCUCUAACCCCAGGACGUGCGUGUGAAUUGGCGCUGUGACGUCACACGCACGUUCCUAUAACCCUGGGGGGCGGAGCCACUGACGGCCGCGACCGCAUCGUCGGCGUCAUCUUUGUUUUGGGCACACUGCCCAGAAGGCGCGCCUUGCCGCCGAGCAGGUAAGCUCAGCUUGUUGACGCGGUCGUGCCAGUCAGGCACAGAUGGUAAUUGGCGUGCCGGGAGCUGUGACACUGAGAUGCAAUCAGUGGCUUUCUUUUUUUAAAUUGAUAAUGGUUAUGGAGCGUUUUAAAAAUAUGAAGCACUUGUAUAUUCAGCUAAACGUACUAAAACUAGAGGGUGGCAGUGGGGGGAGAUGGGGUGCGGAGGGGAGGGUGGAGGUGGGGGGGCCAUGGAUCAGUUUUGCACUGGGGCCCCAUGGAUUGUGUGUACGCCACUGGUAAGGAAUCACUUUUCUUUGUUAUUAUUUUAGCACAGCACGCUUUGUUUUCACAAUGGUUAUUCAGGUAACUAGUUUCAAUGGGGGAUGUUUUGUAUAGACUAUGGGGGUUUGAAUGGAUAAUUUUACAGCCUACUAAGUCUGGGUUUUUGGCAGCAUCAAGCCUUCCAUUUUUCUAAUUGUUUCUAGUUAGCGACCUGGAAGUCGAAUCUCUAUUUAGCCAGUUCAUGGAAGUCUGUUGCAUGAUGUUUUCAAGGUGCCCCCCUUUAUAACCCAUUCUCUGUUAUUUAUGUACAGCGGUGUGCACUGGUAUAAUGUUACACUGAAGAACACUACAUUUAUACAGUUCACUUAUAAUAGUGGUUUUUCUUUUUGCCCUUUUCUUAUAAACCACAAGUGAUUUACUGUAAAUAAUAUAUAGAUCAUUUCAGGUCAUCUCCCUAUGUAGCAGUCAAUAGUGUUACACUACUUCAUUGGAUACAUUGGAUUCAACACAGUCUACCCACAAAAGUGGCAUUGUUCCAUAGGGAUUUAUACUGCCUCUAAUUAUAGCCACAAGAGGUUAACUGCACCUGAUACAUAAAAUCCUUUUUCUAUGUAGCAGUUAAUGGUGUUACACUGCUUCAUUAGAUACAUUGUAUUUAAUACAGUUCACCCAGAAUAGUGGCAUGGUUUCAUAGGGCUUACAUUGCCUCUAAUUAUAGCCACAAGAGGUUAACUGUAGCUGAUAUAAAAAAACCUUUAGGCUCAUUUACUUUCAUCCCUAUCAUCCUUUACCAACAUCCCAUCCAAUCCACUAUAGAGUCUCCCCUUCCCCCUUCCUUGUUACCACAUGGAGCCUUUAUUUGUCUAUGGCUCUUUAUAUGUUAUAUGUCUUCUUUCUAAAGAUCUAAUAAAAUGUAUCUUCUUGUAUGUAAUCGUCUAAUGUCAUAUUACUCUACAUUUUACAAGGAACCUUUAGUGUCCAUUGGACAUUUAUGUAUUUCUUCUUUACUAUAGUGUAAGGAAUACAAACCCUCACGCUGGGUCGGCGCUCCACAAGACGGGGAGGGGUGUGGUCUAACGCACAUGUGCGGCAAGCAACGUGAGCGCAUUAGGCCCUCCCCAUAGGAAAGCAUUGCUUCAUACUUUUUUACUUGGGGAAUUUACUGACGCAGGAUGCCCUCAUGCAAGUCGCCUAGCAAGCAGGAAGUGUCUCGAGUGGCUAUAAAUCAGGCAGUCUUCGUCUUAAUCAGGCAGUCUUACUACUGCAAGGUAAUCAUUGCAGUUUCUCUAAAAGUGCAAUUAUUUGCAUUGCAGGACUAAGUGGGACUGGGAAAAAGUAUCCAAACCACUUCAAUGAGCUGAAGUGGUCUGGGUGUUUACUGUGUCCCUUUAAUAUAGGCAUCCCAGAAAUGCUAGUGAGACUGUCCCUUUUAGAACUGGCAUUUGUUAUAGGAUAAGGAGAAUGAUGUGCACACAAUAGAAUAAAGAAAUAUAAAUGUAGGAUUUUUAGUAUAUACGUAUACACAGCUCUGUCUACUACACUGUUAUAAAUUGAAAUAUAUUUUGAUAGUAGAAUAAACAAAUACUAUCUACACUAACAAAAAUGUUAUUUUUUUUUUAAUCCUUUUUUUUUAAAAUUGUUCCAGGGUGCUAUAGUUGGUCUUCUGUCUGGAUUUACAAUAUCUUUGUGGGUCGGCAUUGGUUCUCAAAUCUAUCCCCCUCUUCCCAUAAGAACUUUAGCCAAACCUUUUUCAAUUGACGGUUGUAAUUUCACCAUCUCGAAUUUCACCACAAUAAUGCCGUCACUAACGACACUAUUAGCAGAUGAACCAAUCAGCAGGUAUGUAACAAAUAUUACUUCAUUGCAAAUGGCUAAUAUGAACAAAGGUUCCCGGCUUUAUUCACUGAGAUAUAAAUUGUCAUGAGUUCAAAUUAAAUUUAAAGGUCCACUAUAGUGUCAGGAAAACAAACUGCUUUUCCUGGCACUAUAUAAUCCAUAUGUCUGGUCCACCCCUAGGGCCCCACUCCUGCUGGGCUGAAGGGGUUAGAACCCCUUCAGCCAGUUACCUUUAUCCAGCGCUGGACUCCCUCAGCGCUGGUGACCUCUCCUCCCCCUCCGACGUCAGCUCCCGAGUGGAGAGCAAGAGCCACGCACACAUUCAAACCGCCCAGAGGAAAGCAUUCCUCAAUGCUUUCCCAUGGAAUUCUGUCUGCUCAAUGCAAUUUCCGCAUUGAGCGUCGGGGAAGCGCCUCUAGUGGCUGUCAGGAUGGAUUAACCCUGCAAUGUAAACAUAGCAGUUUCUCUGAAACUGCUAGAUUUUAAUCUGAAGGGUUAAAACCUAGGGGACCUGGCACCCAGACUACAUAAUUGAGCUGAAGUGGUCUGGGUGACUACAGGGGUCAUUUAACCCCUUAAGGACACAUGACAUGUGUGACAUGUCAUUAUUCCCUUUUAUUCCAGAAGUUUGGUCCUUAAGGGGUUACAAUUUUAGACAUCAAUAGCUGAUUUGGAAGAAUAGUUGACCUGGUGAUUUUGGCCUAAAAAUGGACAUUUGAAAUGAUAACCUGGCACAGGUUUCCUAAUGAGAGUGUAAAUUUGUUCGUUAAACACCAAAUUGUAGUGACGUGAAACCCUAAACACAAAAAUGUAGAACAAUUGUAAUUUAUAAAAAAAAUCUCCCACCAGUCUAUUGCAGUUUAAUGAUUAUAGCAGAAAAGUUGGAAUAUCGUUUUCUGUAUUGUUUUAAUAUUGUUUUCUGUAUGUUGCUAAAUAAACCUCAAAUGAUAAUUUUACACAAUUAAUUCAGAUUCUAGAUAUAAUUUUAUCACAUCUGAAUUUACACUAAUCUAAACCGUUUGACAACUUGUUCUGUGAUUAAAUAAAAUGGUAAAAUAAUUUUAGCAUCCCUUUAACAUCCUACGUUGACUGUUCUUAUGCAUGAAUCACCGUCAAUUUUUCACUAACACUUAUAGAUAAGUUUCUGAAUUUACCUUGUAAAAUUUACUUUUCUUUUUCUCACAGACCUGCCCUUGCUGACAACUGGUACUCCUUGUCCUAUCUAUACUUUAGUACUAUAGGUACUAUUGUUGCUGUGAUUGUAGGUAUAAUAGUCAGCUUGUUAACAGGUAAGCAAAGAUUUUCAAUAUUUUCAGAAUUAAUCGAAUAUGGACUCACCUCUUACAUUGCACAAAUCAUAGUAAUGAUGUCUUGGCUCCAUGAGAGCAUGAGUUUUUUUUUUAAAUUAUUAUUAUUACUCCAUAAUAUGUAUCUAUCCUACUACAAGAAUAUAUUUUAUUUCUGCCAGAAAAAGAAAUCCCUGUAUAUGUGAAUAUUUUUUAUUUAGCACACACAUUCUUGAAUAGUACUUAAAGGAACACUAUAGCCACCAAGGUCACUUGAUCUCAGUGGAGUGCUCUGGGUGCAUUGUCCCAGUCCUUUAAAUCCUGAAAUGUAAAACGCUGCAGUUUUUUUAGAAACUGCAAUGCUUACAUUGGUUAAGUCCACCUCUAGUGGACGUCAGCAUGAUAGCAGCCACUAGAGGACUUCUGCUUCACCUACAUAAUAUAAACUAGGUCAUGUGAUGUGAAAGCCCAUUGGAAAGCAUUGAUUCAAAAGUGGUUAUUUAUACACAGACCAUUCUGGGUUCUAAUAACACAUAUUAAUAAAUACACAUUUAUAAAACUAUGGUAGUAGUUUUGAUCAACGGUGUGUUAGGAAUUUAAUUCCAUGCUGGAUAUUUUAAUAUUUUCUGUGGAUCUCGUGGUUUAUUAUAAUAUCUGCAGUACCCCUCGAUGGCAUUAUUUUUCCAUGAUGUAUGGUUCACUGUUAUGAAUCCUCUAUAUAUCAUUCAUUCAUUAAUAUUUAUUUUUAUUUUUCAGGAGGAUUAAAACAAAAUAUAAAUCGUGAUUAUUUGUUAACAUCUAAAGACUUUGCUUACCUGAAUUCGAUAUUUCCAUGCUUCAAAAAUGAAGAAGUAGGUUUCUUUCUUUCUAAUAUACAUUAUUUUCCCCUAACUUCCAACAGCUUAUUUUGACUAUCACGUUAAAGGGACACCCCACUGCCCCAAUAAAAAAAUAAAUAAAUCACUAUUUAUUAGAUAUACUCCAAAUGAAAACAUGCAUGCAUCUAAUUGUGCAGACCUAUUGUCUACAGCCUUUGCAAGUCCUCCCCCCUUCCCUCAGCUCAGGCUUUCUGUGGCUGUCCAAUCACAGACUUUCUAAUGCAGCUCAAUGAGAAGUUUUCACAAGGGAGGUUUGCUAACAGGUUUGUUCACAACAAAAUCAAUCUCAAUGGACACCCCAGUAAUCAGAAUACUCUUCUAGUAUAAUCUUAUAUCCAUUCAUGGACAUAUCUGUAUUCUUUGUAUCUAUAUAUCUGUAUGUAAUAUGAAAGUUAAAUGUCGAGCGUUCAUGAUUUGACAGAUGCUUUAAAAAUAGCAAAGUGUAGAUUGGUAAAAUAUUCAUAUAAACCAUGUUUUGUUUGUUUUGCAGGAUGAGAAAAUUGAUGUUUUGAGUAAUAAAUACAUUGGGACAGAUCUCUAUAUUGAUCACGGGACAGAUAACCCUGCUUUCAACCAUCUAGAAAUGAACCAUACAGAAAAAAAGGACAGAGCAAAUGGAAUUCAUUUAUAAAAAUAUUAUUUUAUGACUUUUUUAAAAAAAUGACCGAAUGAUACAACUGACAUGUAUCAUUUGAAUAGAAUAUUGAAUAGAAUAUUUGAAUGGAAUUUCCCCUGAGUAUCUGAAAAAGAUGCGACUCUGAAGACAGAUUUCAUAUUGCCUCCAAAAACUGUAAAGUUGUAACAGAAUGCACAUUUUUGUAAUUAUGUGAACGUUUGUAUAUAAUGAUAACUGCAAUAACUUUAAAGAACCCUUCCAUGCGCACACUUUUUUUUGUAACAUAUUUUUUAAGUACUAUAGAAUCAAGUGUAGAAUAAUGAUGUUUUUUUAAAAAGGAGGUGAACUCAGUUUAAUAUAACAUUAUGGGAAAAUUGACAAUGAUAUUUUAAAAUUUAGGACAAAAAAAAUCAACUUGCAAACAAUUGAGAUUGCGUCCAUAUUAAAAUUAAAAUAAAAUGACUUUUUGACUUUCUUGUAGAUCUUUCAUUAUAGGUACUUAUUAUUAACUAU